CCACCAUGACCUCUCAAGCUCGCUUUUCCACUGGAAACCGCCUCGGCUCCAUGAGGGCCCCCAGCGUGUACGGCGGCGCCGGAGGUUCUGGAGUCCGCAUCUCCUCCAUGAGCGCUCCCAGGAGCUUCUCCUCCGGUGGCAGAGCUGGUGCCGGCUUCAACCUGAGCAACGCCAUCGAAAUCCACGAGAACAAGAAGGCCACCAUGCACAACCUCAACGACCGCCUGGCCACCUACCUGGACAAGGUGCGCAGCCUGGAGGCGGCCAACGGCGAGCUGGAGCUGAAGAUCAGGCAGUUCCUGGAGAGCAAGACCCAACCUAAGGGCCACGACUGCAGCGCGCUCCAGGGCUCCAUCAGCAGCCUGCAGGACCAGAUCCUUUUUGCCACCAGUACAAACGGCUCUCUCUACCUGGCCAUCGAUAACGCCAAGCUGGCUGCUGAUGACUUCAGGGUCAAGUUUGAGAACGAGCUGUCGAUGCGUCAGUCGGUGGAGGCCGACAUCGCCGGGCUGAGGAGAGUCCUGGACGAGCUGACUCUGGGAAGAUCCGACCUGGAGAUGCAGAUCGAAUCCCUGAGGGAGGAACUCAUCCAGCUCAAGAGAAACCACGAGGAGGACCUGCUGGUUAUGCGGUCCCAGAUGGGGGGGCAGGUGAAUGUGGAGGUGGACGCCGCUCCUCAACAGGACCUGUCCGCCGUCAUGGCCCAGAUUAGAGAACACUACGAGGCCGUUGCCACGAAGAACCGCAGAGACCUGGAGGUCUGGUUCCAGGCCAAGUCUGAUGACCUCAACAAGGAAGUGACCGUGAGCACAGAGACUCUUGAGUCAUCACGCUCCGAGAUCACAGAGGUCAAACGCACGCUGCAGGGGCUGGAGAUCGAGCUCCAAGCACAGCUUAGCAUGAAAGCGUCUCUGGAAGGAACCCUCGCCGACACCCAGAGCCGCUACGGCAACAUGAUGGGAGGGUACCAGAGGCAGGUGUCCGCUCUGGAGGAGCAGCUGGUGCAGCUGAGGGCUGACCUGGAGCGCCAGAGUCACGAGUAUCAGAUGCUGCUGGACACCAAGACCCGGCUGGAGAUGGAGAUCGCCGAGUACAGGAAGCUGCUGGACGGAGAGCUGUUCAGGUGA